AGGAUUGGGAGAAUGGAGGAAAAGUGGGAAGGAUUGGGAGAAUGGAGGAAAAGAGGGCAGCAAACCUAAAUAACGCAGUGGCUCUAGAAAACCUUGCUGGAAUUCAAAAGAAUAGACGAUAAAGUAGGGAAGAAACCUAAUAGAAAGGGGGGCUCUUUCUGCUCGCUGUGCCAGCGGAGGGUGGGCACGGCGCCCUCCAGCAGGACGGCGACGCGGAGAUCCGGGGCAUCGCCUGGUGUCAUGGACGUCGAUAUGCUGCAGACAACCCCCCACCAGUAAUGGAAUGGUCCGGCCAGUCGUCGAAGAUGGAGACGGUCGUGAACAACAUUGUGAAUGGAUCGCAGGGUGAUAAAAGCGGCGAGAUCCCAUGUCGCGACGCCGGGAGACUCAAUCACCAAGUGUUUCGUUUCAUGCGUUUCCAUCCGGAGAUGGGAUCGUCCAUCAAGCAGGGACGGGGAGACGGUGAGCGCGAGGUGAGCUUAACGACGGGACGCAGUAACGGUAAGCAGAUAUCAACAACCAUCUGA